AUGCGACCAGUGUGGUUUGGAACAGACCGCCGGAAGGCCCCCACUCGGGACGUGCUCGUCCUGCAAGGCGGCUUGGGCCAAGGCUGCCAAAGAAAGUAUUGGGACGUACACAAACCCAUCUGCAGGCGCGUUACGCGUCGCGCCACCUCUGCCGCAACAGAAGGGCUCAUCCUCGCGACCCUCCCGAUCCCAUCGCCCUCUCUCAAAGGCGACACGACGCAGUGCAUCCUCUACCCUGGGCUGAAGGAUCGCAUCCUCUCUCAACCCGGAUUCCCGCAGAGCAUCCCAGAGCCGACGUCCCCCGCCCACCGUCUCGGCUCCGUACCGGGCGCAGGCAUCGGGAUGUAUGCGACCCGCGCGAUCGCAGCGGGGGAGCUUAUCAUCACCGAGCGCCCACUCCUGGUCGCUCCGGGAACCUACAACUCGCCGCGCCAGCGCGACGACACGAUCGCCGCCGCGCUCGAGCGCAUGUCGGAAGACGACCGCGCUGCAUACACCGCGCUGUCGAACCCGCGCGAUGCGGCCGUGCCCCCGCUCUUUGCGAUCUGGAAGACAAACAACUACGAUCAGACGCAUGAUCUGGGCCCGGCCUCCUCGGAGAUGGCGGCUGACGCACAGCACCCUAUGACAAUCAUUGGAAAGCUCACAUCGCGGAUCAACCACAGCUGCAGCCCCAAUGCGACCAUCGCGUGGCACGUCCUGUCGCUCGCGCUUUUCGUGACCGCAGUGUGCGACAUCCCCGCCGGCGCGGAGAUCUCCAUGCACUACUGCGAGCCCCUCCUCCCGAGCGCGGAGCGCCAGCAGUUCCUGCGCGCCAACUACGGCUUCACAUGCGCGUGCGCGGACCCCGCUGUGUCGGACGUGCGGCGCGCGGGUAUCAUGCAGCACGGGUACUUCCUCGAGGACCGCGCCGCGACGCUCGCGCGCUGGAUCGGCGACGCGACACUGCGCGACGACCACCCGACCGAGCCGCUGCGCGCCAUGCUCGCGCUCAUCGCGGAGGAGGGCGUGCAGGACGCGGAGAUACACCCGAUGGCGCUCAAGCUGCUCGUGGAUGUGUACGCCGCGUGCGGGGACGCGGAGAAGCUCGCAGAGUAUGCCGCGUGGUUCGCGGUCGCGGGCGCCAGUGCAAUCUACGUGCCCUUGAGGAGGAGGCAGGAGAUGGUGCGCGACCUGUCACGUCCCGGCCUGUAUCCGUUCUGGAACAAGCGCGUGGAGUAUCGAGGCCCCAACGCAGCGCGGGGCUGA